GAAAACAGUCAGCGGCUGAUUCUUCCCAGCAGGUAGACACCAGCAAUGCAUCACGGCAGCUGAACACAGCUCCCGGCGGCGGCGCCAAGCCGCCAGCGCCCAGCGGCCAGCUGCGUCCAUAAGGAGAUCGGCACCUACGUACGUAUCUCCAUGCCGCUGCCACGCCGCACCCCGCGCUUGACCAGUCCCUAACACGAAAACCACCGGCCACCACGCAAACACCGCUGUCCUAUAUAUCACGCUCCUCCCUCGCCAAAGUCGUCCAUCCUGACAGCCCGCUGCGCCGCCGUGCUGUGCUGGGUCCUGCCGAUGCACACCUCAGAGCUAGCCGGCGCCGACGGCGGCUACGCUCCGUUCACGACCGGCAUGCUCCGGAGGCAGCGAUCCGUCCAGGCAGCCAUGGCGGCCGCUUUCGCGCCGUGCGUCGGUGGUCGCGAGGCGCGAAGGAAGCUCGGGAGCGCGCGUCUGGGCGGGAAGGUUGGGCACCGUGACGGCCACGACGGCGAUGAGGAGGAUCAGUUCAGCGGGCGUGUCCCUGCUGCCCGGACAGGCGGCGCGGGACUCGUGCGCGCGUUGUGGAUGCGGGUCGUCGGGAAGGCGAUGAGCCGGAGCCGGUCCUCGUCGAAGAAGCAGUACGGGCACGAGGAGUACACGGAGAACUUCGACGAUGGCGCCGCCGCCGGGGAGCCCGAUAACCUCCCGCGGUCCUUCUCCGCGCGCUACGCUCGCGGGCGUCCUGCUGGGCUUGCGCUUCCAGAUGUGGCACAUCGGCGUCAUUUGCAUCCAGCUUGUGGGUAAAUCGUACAGUACCUAAAUUUGUAGACGUGGUAUGUCUUUCACAAAAAUAGAGAAUACAAUGAUGUCGAUCAUCCAUUCAUACUGUAAGUUUUGAAAUUUGAAGUGCAGCGUUCUUAUUUUCACAAAACAUAAAAUUUUACUAUGUGCUAUCACCAGAUUUUGGCCAAAUCAGUAAGUGGGCCGUAAGGGAGAUGGGCUUGGAAGAUUACAUGUGGAAGAUCUCCGAAGCGGCCUUGCACGAAGAAUUUGGGCUAGAUUGCCCGUGUAUCUUUAGUUAUAGUAGAUCGCAUCUUAGAUUAAAAGUUAGAAUUUGUCUCGUGCACGGUGGGGAUUAUUCCCACGUUAGAAAGUCCCCUGGACUAUAAAUAUGUAUCUAGGGUUUAUGGAAUAAACAACAACCAACGUUCAACCAACCAAAUCAAU